UCAAAGGAUUCAAACGAGACAAUGGACUGGGGAACAUUGCAGGCCAUUUUAGGAGGUGUAAACAAACACUCCACCAGUAUUGGAAAGAUCUGGCUCACCGUCAUGUUCAUUUUCCGUGUUAUGAUCCUUGUGGUGGCUGCGGAGGAAGUCUGGGGAGACGAACAAAAUGAUUUUGUCUGCAACACUCUGCAACCGGGAUGCAAAAAUGUUUGCUACGACCACUUCUUCCCCAUCUCUCACAUUAGACUGUGGGCCCUUCAGCUCAUCUUUGUCUCGACUCCUGCACUUCUGGUGGCCAUGCAUGUUGCGUACAGAAGGCACGAGAAGAAAAAGCAGUUCAGAAAGGGAGGGCAAACCUGUGAAUAUAAAGACAUUGAAGAAAUAAAAUCACAAAGAUUUCAUAUUCAGGGUCCCUUGUGGUGGACCUACACCAGCAGCAUAUUCUUCAGAAUGAUCUUUGAAGCCCUCUUUAUGUAUGCGUUUUACUUCAUGUACAAUGGCUUCCGAAUGCCACGCCUAGUGAAGUGCAACGCAUGGCCUUGCCCCAACACAGUGGACUGUUUUGUUUCUCGACCCACUGAAAAGACAGUGUUUACUAUUUUCAUGAUUGCUGUGUCUGGUAUUUGCAUUUUGUUAAAUGUGGCUGAAUUCUGCUAUCUGCUGAUAAAAGUUUUCCUCAAAAAGUCUCGAAGAGCACCAUCUCCAAGACAUCACCCCAACCAUGAGACUAAAGAGGAAACUAAACAAAAUGAAAUGAAUGAACUAAUAUCUGAUAGCUGUCACAACACAGUCUCAGGAUUUCCAAGCAGCUAA